ACUCCUGUGGUUUCAUCACUAUAACUCAAGGUUUCAUCACUAUCUCAUUCUCUUCUCUUUGCCGAAUCUUCGUCUCUUUGCUUUCUUCUACGCUUCACUUCACUUCAUCCUAUUCGUCACCCACAAUAGCGGAUAAAGCAGUCACCAUACGAACCAGAAAGUUCAUGAUCAACCGGCUUCUCUCCAGGAAGCAAUUCAUUAUUGAUGUUCUUCACCCAGGAAGACCAAACGUCUCCAAGUACAUUUGUCUCAUCCGCCAUUUCAGUACCUCAAAUUCUUCUUGGAAUGGUUCCGUUGCCCCUUCCAAAGAUGACUAUUUUGCCGCGAUCCACCAUAUCUCCCACAUUGUCCGCCGAGACUUCUACAUGGAGCGCACUCUCAACAAGCUCCGAAUCUCCUACCUCAAUUCUGAGCUUGUUUUCAGAGUCCUUCGUGCUUGCUCCAACUCUGGUACUGAGUCUUUCCGUUUCUUCAACUGGGCUUGCACUCACAACCCCUCUUACCAACCCACUACCCUUGAAUUCGAAGAGCUCGUCAAAACCCUAGCUCGGACCAAGAAGUAUGCCACGAUGUGGAAAGUUCUUCAACAGAUGAAGAUGCAGAAUCUGAAAAUUUCACCGGAAACGAUAUCGUUCAUAAUUCAAGAGUAUGGUAAGCAGGGCCUCGUCGAUAAUGCGGUUACCAUAUUCAAUCAAUGUUCUAAAUCUAUUGAUUGUCCACAAACAGUUGAGGUGUAUAAUGCGCUACUUUUUGCGCUUUGUGAGGUUAAGAUGUUUCAUGGAGCUUAUGCGUUGAUUAGGAGGAUGAUUAGAAAAGGGGUAACUCCUGAUAAAAAGACUUAUGGAACUCUUGUAACUGGAUGGUGCUCUGCGGGAAAGAUGAGGGAAGCUCAGGAGUUCUUGGAGGAAAUGAGCCAGAAGGGGUUCAAUCCUCCUUUGCGAGGUCGUGAUCUUUUGGUAGAAGGAUUGCUGAAUGCAGGGUAUUUUGAAUCUGCUAAGGAUAUGGUUAGAAAAAUGACUAAAGAAGGAUCUGUGCCUGAUAUAGGGACUUUUAAUUCUUUGAUUGAUGUUAUAUGCAACUCUGGAGAAGUUGAUUUUUGCAUUAAUAUUUUUCACGAGGUGUGCAAGUUGGGGCUUUGUCCUGAUAUAAAUACUUACAAGAUUUUGAUUCCAGCAACUUCAAAAGUAGGUAGGAUUGAUGAAGCAUUCAGGCUUUUGCAUUGCUGUAUUGAGGAUGGACAUAUACCGUUUCCAAGUCUUUACGGACCAAUACUUAAAGGAAUGUGUAAAAGGAGUCAGUUUGAUGAUGCAUUUUGCUUUUUCAGUGAUAUGAAACGUAAGGGGCAUCCGCCAAAUCGGCCGGUGUACACAAUGUUGAUAACAAUGUGUGGACGUGGAGGGAGAUUUGUUGAUGCUGCUAAUUACUUGAUGGAAAUGGCUGAAUUUGGUUUACCUCCAAUUUCAAGGUGCUUUGAUAUGGUUACAGAUGGAUUGAAGAACUGUGGGAAGCAUGAUUUAGCUAAGAAGAUCGAGCAGCUUGAAGUUUCUAUUCGAGGCAUUUGAUCUUGUAGUAAAAUAAUAAGCAAGCACUUUUUGUGCUUGAAGGAUGUGGUUGAAAUGGAUAUGAAAAACAACAACUAUGGAAGUCGGAAAAAGGACAAACAAAGAAUUGUAACUCUUAGGAAAUUCCUUUUAAUCACUCUUAUACAUGUGGAGAGAGAUCAGAGAGAGGAAGUCACACUUGAGGUUAUCAACCAGCGAAUUAUCAACAUUUUCAGAUGUACUAUAUGGAUUGCGUAGGAUUGUGGCUGAGACUACUGCUCUCUAGAUCAUUGAUGUUCUUCACCCAGGAAGAUCAAACGUCUCUAAGGCAGAACUGAAGGAAAAGUUAGCAAGAAUAUAUGAUGUGAAGGAUGCAAGUGCAAUUGUGGUCUUUAAGUUCGGAACUCACUUUGGAGGUGGAAAAUCAACUGGGUCCAUUUUGAUUUAUGAUUCUGUUGAAAAUGCCAAAAAAUAUGAGCCCAAGUACAGGCUAAUCAUGGCAAUUUCUUUUCCUUACUAAUAUUUUAUAUUUCCAUCUUGUGAGUUGUGAUUUGGUAGAUCUUUACAAUGUUAUGAAUUGAUUUUGUACAUAAAGGAAAGAAUCCUGUUAUUGAUCCUUCAUUCAUGUUUAUCCUCUGAUGGGUGAAUGCGUUAUUUA